AUUGAAAAGUUUGAUGGAAGUGAUUUUGGGUUUUGGAAGAUGCAAAUCGAGGUUAUCAGGAGAAAGGCCAGAAAAGAUGAAUGAUGCAGAUUGGGCGAUUUUGGACAGGAAAGCUUUGGGAGUGUUGGUUAACACCAGAAUGAGGGAGGGUGCUUCAGUUACCAUUCACAUCAACCAGUUUAAUUCGGUCAUAACUCAGUUAGGAUCAGUUGGAAUUAAGUUUGAUGAUGAACUUCAGGCAUUGCUCCUUUUAUCUUCUUUGCCUGACAGUUGGUCUGGAACAGUGACUGCAGUUAGUAGUGCAUCUGGCACUACUAAGUUUACUUUUGAAGGAAUUCGGGACUUGAUUCUAGGUGAAGACAUCGGACGUAGAAGUUCAGGGGAUUCUUCGAGUGCACUGUUGAGUACUGAAGGUAGAGGAAGAAUGAAUGAAAGAGAAAGAAACCGUGGUAGAGGCAAGAGUCAGUCCAAGCAUCGGGAAGGAAUUGUCUGUUGGGAUUGCAAACAGACAGGACAUUUUAGAAGUCAGUGUCCGCAUGGUAAAAACGAAGUGAAUACUACAGAAAGCUUCUCAGACAAUAGUGAUGAUGUGUUAAUCAGUAGCGUAGAGAGUAGUAUAGAUUCUUGGGUGAUGGAUUCUGGUACAUCUGUUCAUGCCACACACAACAUGAAGAUGAUGAAGAAUCUGAAGAUUGGGGACUUUGAAGAGAUGAUGUCUGAGGACGGAAAGACCAGGAUAGAGAAGUUUGAUAGGCAAGAUUUUGGAUGGUGGAAGAUGCAAGUCGAGGACUUGCUAUGUCAGAAAGAUCUUCUUCCAUGUUUGACAGGUCAGAAACCCGAGAAGAUGAAGGAUGAAGAAUGGGCUGACUUGGAUAGAAAAGCCCUAGCCGUCAUCAGGUGCACUUUGACAAAGAGUGUGGCUUUCAACAUCGUGAAAGAGACCACUGCUCGUGGGGUUAUGACAACGUUGUCAAACAUGUAUGAGAAACCUUCCGCGUCUAAUAAGGUUGAGUUUGACACAGGAGCAGAAAAGCAGGGAGCUAAACUGGUUCCUGAACCGGUUUCCGAACAAGAAACUGAAACAAUUGUCGACACAAUUCCAGAGUUUGAAGUCAGUGGAAAUGAUGAGUCAAAGGUAGCCUCUGACAGUGGGAGUUCGGAGUCUGAAGAUGAACAAUCCCCAUCUGACCAGACUGAUCAAUGGUCAUUACAACAAAAUGUAAGGACCUCUGCUGUCUUCUUGAAAAUAGAGGGACCUGAGAAUUAUUUCAACAAAACUCGCGUCACCCGUGAGUAAUUUUCUGUAUAAUUAUGCAUAUUUAAAAAAAUAUUAUGAUAAUGAAAUAUAUAUUUUUAUAAUAGUUAAAAAGUGAAAAGUUUUAUAGAAAAUAAUAAACAUAACGAUUAUUUUAAAUAGUGAAUGAUUUUAUAACCAUUUAAUAAAGAUAACGGUGAUUU